ACUCUUUUAUUGCGAGUCUCUAUUUUUGCUUAUGAGUGGAACUAUUCCAGCAGUGAGAACAACCCGCAACAACAAACCUCAAACAAUUUCUUUAUAUGAUACCGAUGCGUGUAUGCAGGACACGUUUGCCAAAACAGUGCCAAAAACAAAUGGAAUAUCACAGAAAGACUUUCCUGAGUCACGUUUUUGAAAAGAACGUGGUUGGUUUGAUUUUAAAUUUCAUCGACAUAAAGGAAACAAAACGUUCAUCGCGGUUAGCUUUUGAAGCUCUGAAAUACCUGGCUGCACUUCUGUGCCACAAAAAGUUCUCAAUCGAGUUUCUCAGCAUGAAUGGUCUCCAGCAUCUUCUGGAAGUCCCUCAACCAGGCAUUGCAGCAACUGGUGUCUCAAUAUGCUUUUACUACUUAGCAUACUGUGAGGACGCCAUUGAAAGAGUGUGCUUAUUGCCCAAGGAAAUUUUUCAUGAAGUUGUUAGGUAAUGCCUUAUUUAUGCCCAGCUUGUUAGUUGAAUGAUCAGUUUCUCCACACCUUCCUCCUUGCAGUCACAAAAACU